AUUACAGUAAUCCCCUUUGCCCCGAACUGAUCCUAUUCAUUGCUCGAUGUUUUGAGAGUCACUUUGUAGCCCCCACCUGUGUUGUUGUUCCCGACAGUUUUCACCUGAUCUUGCCCACGCAUUCUUUCUUCCAUCUUCUCGUAGUUUGUCAAUCUACCGCCGACACUCUCUUCACUAUGGUCAACCACCAGGCUCUUCCUGUGGCUAAAGUGCUCUCUCUAGCAAUAGACAUUGCUGGCGAAAUCGCCUAUUCAACGCAGGGAUUCGAAGACUCCACCUAUGGACGUAAUGCGUCUUUUUCGCAUUCAUAUCAUCAAGGGACCCAGCGGCAGCACCUGGUCGAAGAAAGUAGCAGCCACGAUUUCUCUAAUGAUCAUUCGGGGCACAGCUACAGUAAAGAAGAAGAAUUAAGAGGACUUGAGAAAAUCGAUCUUCGUCAAUCAAUGCCUUGGUUCCUUUGUGUUUGAUAAGGGGUAAACACAGAAUCGGCACCAAGAUGCCGACCGAGAUGAUUUUGGGCAAGGUCUAAGACUAAACGAGAGCCGUGGCUUACACCUAUUGUCUAGAGAAAAAAGCACGAAAACAGUUGUAAGAAAGGAGAAUUUAUUUGAUUGGACCAAUAAAGAAGACAGUAAAACAAGUACACUUCGCAUAUCGCCGCCUGUUUCGCCGUACUGGGAUCUAUGGGCCAGUGAAACUAAUUGGGGGUAUAUCGGAAUAUUUCUCUGCCUUUCCAGUCGGUGCGCGACAACCCUUGGCUUGAUUCUAUACCGGAAGGGGGAUUACAUUUACGACAGUAGUUUACUAGAAGGCUCCUGAGUGAACAAGACAAGUAGUAAUAAUGAUGGGCGUCCUCUUACAAACUUACUCCAUAGAAAUACUGACUUUGAAAAGUCCUAGGUAAACGUCAUUAAUAAUAGCGGGGACAAGACAAGUAGUGCACAGUCGUUCUUUCAUAAGAAGCGUUCUUUCAUAAAAAAAAAAGAUAUAGAUGAAGUCGUAGUAUUAACUACAAGAGCGAAAAAUGAUUGGCUCGGGUACUUAGUUCAUUCUCCGAUUUUUGGUUCACUUAUAUUCUCGGUUAUACUUUCUCACGUUGCUUCUGUCGUCUUCUCUUCUGAGGGCAAAGCGCAUCGCAUAGUCUAGGGACUGGUACGCUAGCCAGUGGUAGACUCCUUGAUGAUGAUUGGGGAGGAGCUUCAACUCUAAUUUAGUUUCGGCGCGAUACUCCGCUUUAUUGGUCAAUGCGUGCUAAUGCCAGCGGCGUUGAGCUUGUGUCCCAUGAGUCUUAUUGCGUUGCUGCAACCCACCGCGUUAGUGUUUUCGUCUCUGUUGUCGCCACUUAUACUUGGGGAGAAGCUGGAAGCGUACUGGCUAUAACAGUAGGAGGAGACUGCGGUUAUUACACGUUACAGUUACAUCAAGUUACAGUUACAUGAUCAAAUCAAAGACGCAUAACUGCGUGAGAAGCUCCUGGCCUAUGAAGAUGAAGAUAUGAUUUAAUGAUCACAUCAAUAAUUACACUACAGGCACCACCAAUGGAGUAGCCUCUGGAUCGGUGUGGGAUGCGUUGUAGCGGCAACGUGGGGCAGACGAGAGACAGUUGCCGAUGGCAUAUUAUCACCUGAUACAAUAGUCGGCAACUUCAAGAACCCGAUUUUUCUUCUGGUGUCCGGUGUAACGCUGACGAGUAUCUUGAUUAAGGCUGUUGUGUUGGGUAUCAAAUUAUUUGCUGACCAAGGUGGAGAACGCGAGUGAAAAUUUAAUGAAUUGACAAGUAGAAUUGUCAAGUUGUUUAACGACAUAUAGUACUUGAAGAAUGUUACUUGUUGUUUAAUACCUCUAAUGUAAGCAACAUCUACCUCUAAUGUUCCUUCGAUCGCGCUAAACGAAAACCUGCGUGUAUUAUUGAGGCAGACAUGGAAUCUUGAACGCAAUGGGCAUCUUCCGAAGCAAGAUUCGGACGAGAAGCGACCUGUUGCAGAGCCAGAACCGGAGGAUGCCGAGUCAACUCCGAGAGGUCGUGGUUCGCAAGUACAUCAAGACGAUACGUCAAUAACUUCCACGCGUGUCGUUCCAUGGGAGCAAGUUUUGCUGCAGGGCGUUUCCGCGAUUUGCGGAACCCUUACCAGUAUUUAAGGUUUCUUUUUCAGGUCAGUUAGGGAUGGGAAUAUCCUUACUUGCAAUAUCUAUCCUUACUCUCUAAAUUGACUGUAUUAAGUGCCUUGCGGGUGUGUGGGCAUACCGGAAACUGCAUGGAUCUGACUCGCAAGAAAUAGGCCUCUUCUUUGCUUGGUUGCUAGUGGGCAUUGUGUGCUCCGGAUGCUUGGGGUUUGUUAUGGUACUACUUGUUUUAGGGUUCUUUGUUUGUACUGUUACUACAGUUCAUGCAAAUAUCCACAUCACUUUCUUUUAGAGGUGUGCUGCAAAUCUUGAUUGGCUUUCACCUUUUGGUGAAGGUUUAGGCCCAGCGGCGCUCAAAGCACUAAGUAUUAAGACAACCGGUUAGUUUUCACCUCGACAAUAUUAGACUUAUCCCGUGCAGCAACAUCUUCCUCAACACAACUGCCACUUCCACUUCCACACCAGCUCUCCGUCGCAGCAGAACGGUUCCCCUCCUUAACCGUAGUCUGUGUGGAUAACGCUCUCAGUGUAGUGGUGCAAGCGCUACUUGGCAUAACUUUUUUCCAGGAACACUGGAGAUUCACUUAUGCAUCAGCUAUUGGGACUACGGCGGCUUAAGGUCAACAGUUAGUGUCCAUCUCUCUCGGCAUCUUUGUGCCCUUUUGUUCCCUUGUAUUUAUUCAUGGGGAGCAAAGGGGUCGAGAUGAGGGUUAGCGAGAUGGGAGGUAAACGCUGACUCUAAACGGCUAUGUGUCUCAACCUACUGGGAGUUUACAUCCUCUUCACUGCUAGUAGUGGUAGUAGUAUUGGAGGUAGUAACACCACGGAGGCGGAUGCGGAGGGAUUAUGCUUGGGGGGCGAUGUUGACAUGAGUAAAAUUAGUUGCAAGGAGGAUAGCAUUAGCAAGCUAGAAGAAGAUGGAUGAUCCGGUUGUAGAAAGGUUGUAGAAGGGUCUGGUUGUCUAGAAAUCACUUAUAUCCCCUCUUUCCUCCCCAAAUCCAUUUAGUACUAGUCGUCCUUGGGCGGUGAUCGAAGAUCUCCAUGUCAUUGCUUCAUUCAGAUUGAAUAUUCACGUACUGAUACGGCGCGACAUCGUUGUAUAGUCAUAUUUCAUAUCCUGGAGUGGAAAACUUGCUUAAGAACACCGACACCAGAAUCAUCGCGCAAGGUUCCCUCAUUGCGCCAUAGUGAC